GUUUGCAGUGUCUCACUGUUAGAGCUUAUAACUUUGACACCUGGCCAUGACUGCAAGCAUGGGGAACAGGGCAGGUCAAGUCCAUGCAGCCUCUGGGUCUUGCUGGUAGGUUUACACUUGGGGGCUUUGUGGUGCCCACAGGAGUGUGGGAGGUGAGAGUGGGAUACCUUACUUGAGUUGGGUACAUGGCCAUGGAGCAGAACAUUUCUGAGGGGCUUCGUGGUCAGUCAGAAUGAGUCCUACCCUCCCUGAAGAUGGAUGCCCCAAAUUGGGUCUUGAAGGAGCCAGCUGCAUCCAGUUAGUUGAGGGUUCAUUGCUGUGAGCAAGGCCCAGGUAGGCUUUCUGGUCCGUUUCUGUGAGCAUUGCCAUGUGUCCACUUGGUAUUGCCCCUGCCCUAGAGAACCAAAUUUUUGUGGCACCAACAUGCUGCAGGGUCCUGGGAAGACAUAGCUGUUGAACAGCCACAACUGCCCCCACAUGCAGGGUGGGGAAGGACAUGUGUGCAGUAAUGACUAGGCACAGUCCAGAGGCCAGGCAAUGUGAUGGGUGACCCCACGUGGGGGCCCCCAGUAUCUCCUCUCUUCUCUUGUGUCCCUCUACCCCCACAUAGCUCUCCCUCCAUCCUGGUCAUUCAUUGUCUAGAAAAUCAGGACGGACCUAGGGGAAUGGGCUAGGCUGCUCAUGGAAUGUCCAUUCUGCAAAGGAAGGGACUUUGUGAGGGGCAGCAGUGAGGCAAAGAUGAGACCUCCCUGUGCACCAGGCCAUAGAGGCGGGAGGGCACUGCACUUUGCUGGGCAGACAACAGCAGUGGGCUUGGAGUCAGAUACACAUGUGGGCAAGUGUGUGGUGGCACGUAUGUCUGGGUAGGAAAGUCAGGACCAGAAAAGAACAGGGAGUCUUGUGGGACUUGCUAGAUAAAAACAUAUACUAUUAGGAAACUUGGAAGUAUACUAAUUAGGAGUCUUGUGGGACUUGCUAGAUAAAAACAUAUACUACUAGUAGGAAACUUGGAAGAGGCAAAGGAGCUAGGAACUGGUCAUUUAAGAGAUGGCAGCAUCAAUGAGCUCCUCUGGGUCCCUUUCUCUUAUCUCUCUUCAGCAGGGGAAAGAUGUCUGUUUCCUAAAUCCUUCUCCAGGGCUUUUGCAUAUGGUGUGAUGGUCCCAGAAUAGCGGUGCUUUAGCCAGAUUACUCUGGUUGGCCUACAUUGCAGAUUAGGAAAGCAGUGCCCACCUGGGGCCCUGCUGGAGAGCUGCCCUGGGCUAGAGGACUGGGUGGCCUCAAGCAGAGUGGCCUGUCCUUCCUGGGCCUUACCGCCAGUCUUUUGGGCACCAGCUGCUCCUUGGGGACCUCCAAACCUUACCAGGUAGCCCACAAACAGAGCCCUACAGGGGUAAGCCAGCUCACCUCAUGCCUUCCCAAGGUCCCCCUCUGGGGUGGUGCCUACCUCCCAGCCCCCUAGCUCAGUGCCUGCCUCCAUUCCUGAUUCCCAUCCUCUGAGGCUCCUAGGGUGAGGAAUAGCCUUUUCCCUCUGCUGAGCGGGUGGUGCUGGCUGCAGUGGGAGGGAUUUAGUGCUCAGAGGGUGGGGAGCAGGCAAAGAUUACCUCUCCUCCCAGCUUAUCCAGAGCAGCCCCAAGCUGAGGACAGAGGCUGCACCCCACCCAGAAGGGAUGUCAGGACCAAGACCUGUUGUCCUGAGCGGACCCUCAGGGGCUGGGAAGAGCACCCUGCUGAAGAAACUCCUUCAGGAACAUAGCAGCAUCUUCGGCUUCAGCGUGUCCCACACUACAAGAGAUCCGAGACCAGGAGAAGAGAACGGCAAAGACUACUACUUUGUGACCAGGGAGGUGAUGCAGCGGGACAUUGCUGCUGGAGACUUCAUCGAGCAUGCUGAGUUCUCAGGGAACUUGUAUGGGACCAGCAAAGCAGCUGUGCGGGCCGUGCAGGCCAUGAACCGCAUCUGUGUGCUGGAUGUGGACCUGCAGGGUGUGCGCAACAUCAAGAAGACUGACCUGCAGCCCAUCUACAUCUUCGUGCAGCCACCCUCACUGGAUGUCCUGGAGCAGCGGUUGCGGCAGCGGAACACAGAGACAGAGGAGAGCCUGGCUAAGCGUCUGGCUGCCGCCAAGGCUGACAUGGAAAGUAGCAAGGAGCCCGGCUUGUUUGACCUGAUCAUCAUCAACGACAGUCUGGACAAGGCCUACUGGGCCCUGAAGGAGGCGCUCUCUGAGGAAAUAAAGAAGGCUCAAGCAACGGGUCACUCCUGAGGAGCCCCACUGGCUAAAUCCUCCCAGGAGGGGCUUAGGGUCUGGCACCCACCCCCCAUGGGCCACGGUUUCCCAGCAGUGGCUCUGCUCACCUCAGCCAGAACCCAGGAAUUGGGCUGCUGCCCAUCUUCCCUUGCUCCCCCACCAUGGUUGGAGGACCUUGUCUCUCACCCCUACCCCCAUGCCCAUUUCUAGGCUCCUUCCCCCACCCCACCCCUUUCCCCCAAAUAAAGAACUAUUGGUUUAGAGUG